AUGGCCAGCAAGGUCGACCGCAUCGUCGCCCGUCUGCAGCAGAAAAUCGCCGAGGGAGACUAUUACGAAGCCCAGCAGCAGACCCGCGUCGCGGCCUCGCGGUACAUCAAGACCAGAAACUGGGACGCCGCCAUCGACAUCCUCUGCAACGUCGCCCAGUCGCUGCUCCGGGCUGGGCAAGGAGGCAGCGGCGGGGACCUGUGCGUCAUGCUGGUCGACGUGUACAAACAGGCCGAGCUGAAGCCCGAUGCCGUGUCAAAGGGACGGCUGUUGACGUGCCUGCGCUUGUUUGACCCGCAGGAGCCGACGCGCAAGAAGUUUGUCGGCGAGAUGCUGGGGUGGUCGGCCAAGGCUGGCGAGUACCCCGGCGGAGACCCCGAAUUCCACCACGUCGCAGGGUCGCUGUAUGCCCAGGAGCACGACACGUACGAGGCCGAACGCCACCUCUUGCUCGGAACAAAGGACUCCCCACAGCUUCUCUUCAAGAUGGAGUAUGCCUGGUACAGGGAAGGGGACGCCCACCUGGCGCCGCACUUUGCCGCACGAGCCGUCCUACCCUACUUGCUUGCCGGCAACGUCCGCGCCGCCAACACCUGCUACCGACUCUUCACCAGCGCCCUGAGCAACGACAACCCCAGCCUCGGCGUCCAGGACGUUUCGAGCGCCACCGCCGACAUGCGCAUCUUCCCCAGCUUGCCCCUCCUCAACUUCCUCGGCCUCCUCCUGCUCGCUGUCCAGCGCGCCGCACCCGAGGUCUACAAGAGCUUGAUAUCCAAGUACGCCACCCAGAUCAACGAGACGGAGGCCUGGGCGGAGCCCCUCGAGAUGAUUGCCGAGAUGUACUUUGGCAUCGCCAAGCCGAGGCAGAGCAACCCGUUGAUGGACAUGAUGAGCGGUCUGUUUGGUGGUGGUGGCGGCGGCGGCGGCGGCGGCGCUCAGCAGCCGCAGCCGCGAAGACCGGGUAUUCGCGGUUCGGACGUGCCAGUCGCCGAGGGAUUGGAUUAG